AAAAAAUAGAAACAAAGAGUAAGGAGUUAUUUAUGAAAAUGUAUUUUCAUAAAAGGCUGUUGUAUCUAGUUUUGAAGGUAUUAUGCUCUGUUCUAUUAUCUUCAUAUGCUUUCUAUUCCUAACCUCGGAACAGACAAAAAUAGUAAACCGAAUGCUCCUGUAAGUAGAUGGUGGGGCGUUAGCUGUUUAAAUUAGACUGUUGUUGAAAUUCUGAAGGUGAUUAUACUUAGUGUAAUUCCGUUCGUACACCGAGAGAACCAAAACAGUAGUAAAUGUCUGCUAGAUGUUCUUUUCUUAGCUUCUAAAAGUGUGACUGCUUUCAUAAACUGUUUUAGUCUGUUCAGAGUUAACGGUUUUCAGCAACUAAAUCACUAACAUAACUAAUGCAAGUCUUUAUAGUUAGCUUCUUUUGUGCUUACAAAGGAGAACCAGAAUAUUUUGACUAUCCAGAGUAUUGGCAUUUACCUCUCAUCUAUGAAAGAACAUCCAUGAUUUUUUUUACAUUUUUAGUUUUGGGAUUAGUUAGUUUUAGGAUUCCAUUUUAAAUGGUAUGUAGAUCUUUUAAAUUGUAUAUUUAAGCAGUAAAGUGUAAAAUGAAAUGUCUUUUUCCUUUUUUCUAGUGUAUAUCUGAUGGCAGAUGUAUGAGCCACUUUGCUUAAUUUAUCUGAUGAGGUAGAAUACUAGAAGCUGAUGGAACCAAAAGAUAUUUCAAAAAGCCUGAAAUAUACACAAAUUAUGCUUGUCAUCCUUUGAAAUAUAAAAGAUUUGUAUUGAAUUGAAAGUCAAAACAAUAUUGUUGAUGGAAGACCAUGCAAAGACUAUAAUUUAAAACAGAUUUAAAAAAAGCUCCUGAUUAAAAAUUCACCGCUUAAGGAUCACAUUAAUGGAAUGUCUUAUGAAAGAUACAUAGCUCAGGUUUCAGUCUCCAAAGAGUAGUGUUUCUGAAACUGAAUCUGUGAAGGCCCACAUGAGAAAUCCUGGUCAGAGAGCAUAAUUUUCCUUAAUAAGCAUAGAAUCAAAGAGAGAUGCAAAUUAAUUUCAGAAGAUGAUUAAUUAGAGAAAUGCUAAUAGAGUAUCUGUUUUGGAUAUUGGAUAAAGAGCUUUUCUAGUCUAUGUUGACAGCAAAAUAUAUUAAAUAUUAAUUGCUGAGACUAAAGGACAGCAUGUCUCCUUGGAGAACGUUUAAAGAAAACUUGAGGAAGUUAUUUUUAUGUGAAUAAGUUUGAGGUCUACAAGAAAUAAAUCAGCAACAGGACUAAAUUAUUUGUAGUAAUUUUUUUAGUAUUUGCUAAAAAGUUCAGAAUUAUGUAGACAACCUAAGAUUAUUAACAAUCACUUAAGUGACUCUAAUUAAGACAGUAAGGGUUCAACAACAAACAUUUUUUUCUGAGAAUUUUCAUUUUUUUAAAUCUCAAAACAUGACCAAGGAAAAAAAGGACACAAUUUCUCAGCAACAGCUGAGUUUUAAAGGAGGUUUGAUAAAGAAUUGAGAAACACCUUUCAGAAAUCAUCUACUCAAAAUACAUUGAAAGCUUCAUGGUUUAAGCAGAUAAAAUGCUUCAGUGUCACUAAGAGUUGACCCUGAUAAGAAAAUAAGUAGAGUGCUAAGUAUUGCAGCCUGUGAUGAGAUUUCUUUUUAUAUGAAUUCUUAUUAAAAAUCAUAUUUAAAUCAGCGAAGGAAACAACUGAAAUUCUCAUCCAAAUUAUUGAGGAUCAAGAAAUCAGAGAAAGCAAAAUAAGAUGUAUGAUCUAGAAAAUAAAUUUAAUUCUUGAAAUUUACCAAAGCUUCUCAGGGAAAAAAACAUCUGCUACAAUAAAUAAUUUCUCUAUUUCUGUUUAAAUUAUUUCUAAUCAUAAUGAUUUUGAGUUGAUGAUAUGAAGCUAACAACCUUACGGUAUUACUAAAGAGAAAUUAAAUUGUAAUUACAAACUAGCCUGAUCGUGUAGUUCUGUAGGCAAUGCAAAAUGAACUCCUCCCAGCUGAGAUUGAUUCUGUUGUCAGUAGAGUGAAAAAAUUUUCUUAUAUUUUAUUCUAUACAUUGGAGCUGAAUCCCUAAGUAUAUUUUCAAAAGCAUUUAUAUUUAACAAAUAUCUUUAUAUUUAUGGAAUAUCUAAAGGUACUUGUCAAGGUGGAUUCAUAUGAGGCAUGUCAUUAACGACAACAGCAUCUGUGAGUAUACGAAGCACAUCUUUUCUAAAGCCACCAGGGACUAAAGCUGCCUUUGUAUUAGCAAUUCUGAUUAUUAGAAUUGUCAUAAUAUGGCAAAUACAAAUAAGCUAGGAAUUCUACUUUAGAAAUUACAAAUUUUUGUAUAAUUUUCCUCUUUCAUCUUAAGUAUUAUGUCCUGAUUUGGCUCCCUGUUCCAAAGCUCUGUAUUUUGUUUCUUCAAUCAUACAACGGGGAUGUAAACUCCAUUUUUAAUUUCCAUUGGGCUGGAUAUUGAAAACUAGUUUCCUUAAUGGCAUUCAGUUCCUAUACGUUCUUCUUAGCUCGUAGGGCUGAGGUGUGUGCGAGAGCAGGAGGGGCUGUGUGAGUUUUCACAAUUAUUUAACUUCCCUGUAGCUCACUUUCCUCAUCCCUAAAGGUGGGAGUCAUGCUAUGUUUUGUAAGGUCCCUUCUUGCUAUAAAAUCUUGAGCUAGCUUACUUAUAAAACAAAAUUAUUCCUGAGGGACAAAAAACGAUUCUUUGAUUUAGAAGAUGUGACAUGAAGGGUUUUUGUCUUCUCCCUUGCUGACUUUCUGAGCUUCCUCUCUGAAGAAAGUGGUGGUAAUGGUGAUGGUGCUUGUUCUGCAUUUGGUUUCACUUGUUUCUGUAAGUACUUUUCUGAGCUUUGCUUCGGAUUUUUAAACAUAAGUUUGACUAGAACAGGUUUGACACUUUUAAACGUCUCUCGCAGAUUAAAAGGUGUAAGGAGACUUCUGAACAUGGGGCGUAUUCCGAUCUGCUUCAGCGUCAGAAGGCCACCAUGGUUGAGAAUAGCAAACUGACAGGGAAGAUCAGUGAACUGGAGAAAAUGGUAGCUGAACUAAAGAAACAGAAGUCCCGAGUUGAGGAAGAACUUCCGAAGGUGAAGGAGGCUGCCGAAAAUGAAUUGAGAAAGCAGCAGAGAAACGUCGAAGACAUUGCUCUGCAGAAGAUCAGGGCUGAGAGUGAAGCCAAGCAGUACCGCAGGGAGCUGGAGACCAUCGGGCGGGAGAAGGAAGCUGCCGAGCGCGAGCUGGAGCGGGUGAGGCAGCUCACGGCCGAGGCCGAGGCCAGGAGGGCGGCCGUGGAAGAAAACCUCCUGAAUUUCCGGAGCCAGUUGGAGGAGAACACCUUUACAAGAAGAACCCUGGAAGAUCAUCUUAAAAGAAAAGAUUCCAGUCUCAGUGACUUGGAGCAACAAAAAAAUAAGUUAAUGGAAGAAUUAAGACGAAAGAGAGACAAUGAGGAAGAACUCUUGAAGCUGGUGAAGCAGAUGGAAAAAGACCUAACAUUCCAAAAACAGAUGGCAGAGAAACAGUUGAAAGAAAAGCAGAAAAUUGAAUUGGAAGCAAGAAGAAAAAUAAGUGAAAUUCCGUAUUCAUGUAGAGAAAGUGCAUUGCCAACCAGUGCGACCACCCAGGCUGCGCCAGGCGGAGGCGUGGCAGGUCUUCAGAGAGAGCAUGAGCGACAGAGAGCAGAGGAACUCAGACAGCAGGUCGACGAGCUGACACUCGCCAACAGAAAGGCCGAAAAAGACAUGCGAGAGCUGAAGUAUGAACUGAAUGCCCUUCAGCUGGAAAAAACUUCAUCUGAGGAAAAGGCUCGUUUGCUGAAAGAAAAGCUGGAUGAAACAAAUAACACACUCAAGAGCCUCAAGUUAGAGCUGGAAAGGAAGGAUCAGGUAGAGGAAGGGUAUUCUCAGCAGCUCCGGGAACUGGGGAGGCAGUUGGACCAAACCACAGACAAAGCUGAAGAAGUCAUGCAGGAAGCUAAUGACCUGAAGAAAAUAAAGCACGAUUAUGAGUUAGAAUUAGAGUCACUUCAGCAGGAGAAAGGGAAACUGCAAAGAGAAGUAGACAGGAUCACUAGGACCCAAGCGAUCACUGAGAAGAAUAUCCAGCAUUUAAAUUCGCAAGUUAAUUCUUUCCAGGGUGAGAAGGAAUUCUCCAAGGAGAGGAUACGAUCCUGCCAGAGAAAAUCAGAUCAUCUCAAAGAACAAUUUGAGAAAAGCCAUGUGCAGUUGCUUCAAAAUAUUAAAGCUGAGAAAGAAAAUAAUGAUAAAAUCCAAAAGCUUAAAGAAGAAUUGGAGAAGAGCAAUGAGUGUGCAGAAAUGCUAAAAGAAAAGGUGGAUGAGCUCACCCGGCAGAAUAAUGAAACCAAAUUAAUGAUGCAGAGGAUUCAGGCGGAAUCGGCCAAUGUGGUUUUAGAGAAACAAGCUAUCCAGCAAAGAUGCGAGGCUCUGAAAAUUCAGGCAGAUGGUUUUAAAGAUCAGCUACGCAACACAAAUGAACACUUGCACAAACAGACAAAAACAGAGCAGGAUUUCCAUAGGAAAAUUAAGUGCCUGGAAGAAGACCUGGCCAAAAGUCAAAAUUUAGUCAGUGAAUUUAAGCAAAAGUGUGACCAGCAGAACAUUAUCAUCCAGAAUACUGAGAAGGAGGUUAGAAAUCUGAAUGCUGAGCUGAAUGCUUCUAAAGAGGAAAAGCGGCUGGGGGAGCAGAAGGUCCAGCUACAACAAGCUCAGGUGCAGGAGUUAAAUAACAGGUUGAAAAAGGUACAAGACGAACUGCACUUAAAGACCAUAGAGGAGAAGGUGACCCACAGAAAGAUGGUCCUAUUUCAGGAAGAAUCUGAUAAAUUCAAACGUUCGGCAGAGGAGUUUCGGAAAAAGAUGGAAAAAUUGAUGGACUCCAAAGUUAUUACUGAAAAUGACAUUUCAGGCAUCAAACUUGACUUCGUGUCUCUUCAGCGAGAAAACUGCAGAGCUCAAGAGAACGCGAAGCUCUGUGAAACAAAUAUUAGAGAACUUGAAAGACAGCUUCAGCAAUAUCGUGAGAAGAUGCAAGCUGGGCAGGACGUGGAAGCAAAUCAUUAUCAAAAAUGUCGGAAACUUGAAGAUGAGCUGGUGGCCCAGAAACGUGAAGUCGAAAAUCUGAAGCAAAAAAUGGAUCAACAGAUAAAGGAACAUGAGCAUCAGUUAGUUUUGCUCCAGUGUGAAAUCCAGAAAAAGAAUCCAGCCAAAGACUGUACCUUCAAAGCAGAUUUUGAGAUGACAGCGAAGGAGCAUCAACACUCUGGAGACCUCUCACCUAGGAACACAGGACAGCUUCACCCUGCGGCCAGGUCUUCUCUAUCAAGAUGGACUCAAGAGCCACAGCAGUCGGAAGAAAAAUGGCAACAUCGAGUUGUUGAACACAAACCAAAGGAAGUCCAGUUCUGGCCCUCAGGGGCUCCCCUGGAGAAAGAGCAAAGCCAGCAGUGUUACUCAGAGUAUUUUUCUCAAACAAGCACUGAAUUACAGAUAACUUUUGACGAGACAAACCCUAUUACAAGACUAUCAGAAAUAGAGAAGAUAAGAGAUCAAGCUUUGCACAAUGCCAGACCACCUCUUAGGUAUCAAGAUGACACGUGUGAAAUGGACCUGGUGAAGCUUUUGGCACCCUUAGAGAUAGCUAAGAACAAGCAGUAUGAUAUGCAUACAGAAGUCACGACAUUAAAACAAGAAAAGAACCAAGUUCCCAGUGCUGAAGAAUGGAUGCUUGAAGGGUGCAGAGCGUCAGGUGGACUCAAGAAAGAUUUUCUUAAGAAAGGCUUAGAACCAGAAACCUUGCAGAACUUUGAUGGUGAUCAUGCAUGUUUAGUUAGGGAUGACGAAUUUAAAUUCCAAGGGCUCCGGCAAACUGUGACUGCCAGGCAGUUGGUUGAAGCUAAGCUUCUGGACAUGAAAACAAUUGAGCAGCUGCGACUUGGUGUUAAAACUGUUGAAGAAGUUCAGACAACUCUUGGCAAGUUUUUGACGAAACCCACCUCAAUUGCAGGGCUUUACCUAGAAUCCACAAAAGAAAAGAUUUCGUUUGCUUCAGCAGCCAAGAAAAUUAUAAUAGACAAAAUGAUGGCUUUAGCAUUUUUAGAAGCUCAGGCUGCAACGGGUUUUAUAAUUGACCCCAUUUCAGGUCAGACCUAUUCUGUUGAAGAUGCAGUCCUUAAAGGAGUUGUUGACCCCGAAUUCAAAAUUAGGCUCCUUGAGGCAGAGAAGGCAGCCCUGGGAUAUUCAUAUUCUUGUAAGACAUUGUCAGUGUUUCAAGCUAUGGAAAAUAGAAUGCUUGACAGACAAAAAGGUAAACACAUCUUGGAGGCCCAGAUUGCCAGUGGGGGUGUCAUUGACCCUGUCAGAGGCAUUCGCGUUCCUCCAGAAAUUGCUCUGCAGCAAGGGUUGUUAAAUAAUGCCAUCCUCCAAUUUUUACAUGAGCCAUCUAGCAACACAAGAGUAUUUCCUAAUCCCAAUAACAAGCAAGCUCUGUAUUACUCAGAGUUAUUGCGAAUGUGUGUAUUUGAUGUAGAUGGCCAGUGCUUUCUGUUUCCAUUUGGAGAGAGGAACAUUUCCAAUCUCAAUGUAGCAAAAACUCAUAGGAUUUCUGUCGUAGACGUUAAGACGGGAGCAGAACUGACUGCAUAUGAAGCUUUCCAGAGAAACCUAAUCGAAAAGAGUACGUACCUUGAGCUUUCAGGGCAGCAAUAUCAGUGGAAGGAAGCCACAUUUUUUGAAUCCUAUGGGCAUCCUUCUCAUAUGCUGACUGAUACUAAAACAGGAUUACAGUUCAAUAUUAAUGAGGCUAUAGAGCAGGGAGCAGUUGACAGAGCCUUGGUCAAAAAGUAUCAGGAAGGCCUCAUCACUCUUACAGAGCUCGCCGAUUCUUUGCUGAGCCGGUUAGUUCCCAAGAAGGAUUUGCAUAGUCCUAUUGCAGGGUAUUGGCUGACGGCUAGUGGGGAACGGAUCUCUGUCCUCAAGGCCUCCCGUAGAAAUCUGGUCGAUCGGAUUACUGCCCUCAGAUGCCUUGAAGCCCAAGUCAGUACAGGGGGGAUAAUAGAUCCUCUUACGGGGAAAAAGUACCGGGUGGCCGAAGCUUUGCAUAGAGGCCUGGUUGAUGAGGGAUUUGCCCAGCAGCUGCGACAGUGUGAAUUAGUAAUUGCAGGGAUUGGCCACCCCAUCACUAACAAAAUGAUGUCAGUGGUGGAAGCUGUGAAUGCAAAUAUCAUCAGUAAGGAAAUGGGAGUCCGAUGUUUGGAGUUUCAGUACUUGACAGGGGGCCUGAUCGAGCCACAGGUUCAGUCCCGGCUGUCGAUAGAAGAGGCUCUCCAAGUAGGUAUUAUAGAUGUCUUCAUCGCUACCAAACUCAAAGAUCAAAAGUCGUAUGUCAGAAAUAUAAUGUGUCCCCAAACAAAAAGAAAGUUGACAUAUAAAGAAGCCUUAGAAAAAGCGGAUUUUGAUUUCCACACCGGACUUAAACUCUUGGAAGUAUCUGAGCCCUUGAUGACAGGAAUUUCUAGCCUCUACUAUUCUUCAUAGUAGAACGUGUUUAAAUCUGUGUGGCGGUGAUGCUAAUUCAUGCGAUCUGUCCAGAGCGUGAUGGUGACAGUUAAAUAUACACUCUAGUAGUGGUGUCACAUACUCAAAGCACUACUUAUUUCCUGAGGGGUGGAAAUAGCUGACUGCUCAGAAGAGAGAAUAAUUUUUAAAUUGAAAAUAACUAAAAAUUUACUUCACUUAAUAAUGGCUCCAUUUAACUUUGAGGUUCUUUUUUUGAAUCUUGCCCACACUAAAAUGAAAGUAUUUUACCUUGAAUAUGGGAUAAGCCUGAUGAACUCCAGCAAGUUUGCAGCAUCCUCUCUUCAGAACUCUCCAUCGCUCAAUAGAUCCAGCCUGAUGUUAGGGUCCCCAUGUAUUAAAUGACCCAUUGCACUCACUGAAAGAGCUUCAGAAAGCACCAUGGAAUCAAAGAUAGAGAUGUAAAUUCUUCCCACAUGCAUGAGGCUGUAGUGUUUUAGAUCAUCUUGAAAAGUGAAAAAGUUUUUAGUUUUUCUGUAUGUGCUAACUUUCUUUACAUGUUAAGUGUUUACCACAAUCUUAGUUAUGACUCUGUAGUUAAAAGUAGUGUCACAAAUGGGUGGGUGGAGGAGGGGGAAAGAUUUUUCUUCAUUCUGUGUAUUUUCACACGUGUGUAGACAUUCUCGAUUCUUUCAGCUUUCCAUUGUCUGAUACUUUUCUGUCAAGACAAUUGUGAUUGUAUUGCUAAUGCAAAGGCAGCAAUUCGAAGAUGUCCUAGUGCUUCAUGAAUAAAGUUGAGUUUAAUUUGUCGUAUUGAUAGACCAGCUGGGAGGUCACACUGAUCAUUAAAGAAUGCUUGUCACA